AUGGUGAAGCACAACAAUGUGGUUCCCAAUGCACAUUUUCACAAGGACUGGCAGUCAUAUGUAAAGACUUGGUUCAAUCAACCAGCACGCAAACAGCGUCGACGUAAAGCAAGAAGCUUAAAGCUGGCAAGAUCAGCCCCAACUCCUCUCAAAACUCUAAGGCCGAUUGUUCAUGGUCAAACAUUGAGAUACUCCGCCAAAGAAAAACAAGGAAGAGGGUUUUCUCUCGAAGAACUCAAAAAGGCUGGACUUACCGCUCAGUUUGCAAGGACAAUUGGAAUCAAAGUUGACCACAGACGUAGAAAUAAGAGUGCAGAGACACUACAAAAGAAUGUACAAAGGCUCGAGCUUUUUAAGUCAAAACUCACUCUUUACCCACUGAAGGCAGGAAAACCAAAGAAAGGGCUAGUUAAUGACGCAGUCAGUGCAUAA